AUGGAGGAAACAGACGACGCGACGAUAGUAGCCAGUGCGGGCGCACGAACUCCUUCUAAGAAUGAGCCGCCGUCUUCAUCUCCUCUAUCGUCCAUACGCGAGCUGGAACUCGACGAUACACCAAGUAAAUCUGGUCAACGCGAUAGCUCGCCGACGCCAACCCCCAAAUCAGAAGAAGCUGCGACAACAACCUCACGGAAAAAGAACGGAAAGAAAAGGGUCGUUGUCAGGAAAACACCCAGAAAGUCAAAAUGGGACGCUGACAACAUUCUGACUGACCCCAAGUCACCUCUGGCCUCGGCCGAUCUCCGAAGCAUUUUGUCAAAUCCAAUGGCCUGGGAUGUACUCGACCAAGAAGAAAAGGCAGAAAUCCUGGCCCUGUUCCCCGACUCGCAGCACAUUCUGGGUUCUGGCGCAGAGGCCUGCCCCGACCUUGCGUCGCUCAUGAAUGACGACAGCUUCCGAUACGACUGCGCCGCGUACACAGAGCACAUCGCGCAGGGGCGGCAUGACCCCGAGUGGUUGGCGCAGGCAUGGGCAGCCCAUGAGCGGCGCAAGGCGGGUGAUUACGACGAGUAUCUCGACAACAAGUUCAUCAACGACUGGGAGGUUGAGCUGCCACCGGAGCUCCAGACACGGCGGGGGCUUGCUAUCUCUGGACAUGAUAGCGAUGCUACUAUAGAUGCGGCAGAGAAUGGAGAUGACAACAGUGUGGACACCAAGAUGGAGGAUAUCGCGUUAGAUCAACGCAACGGUGCCAGCAACGAGAAUGGGGCCGACGAAUUACAAGUGGAAAAUGGCGAGGCCAAGGAACAAAAGCCUGUUCGGGUUGGGCAGCCAAAGGGCUCGAGAAUGGACGUUGACGGCGAAACUACAGAGGACGAGCUUGCCUGA